AUGUUGACCUUUUGCCCAUCGUGCGGGCUGUUGCUGGAGAUCGAGGAGGGAAGGACGAAUAUGCAACUCUCAUGUCCAACUUGCCCCUACGUUGCACCAAUCACUCAAAAGGUUGGCAGUAAAAUCUAUCCGAAGAUGAAGGAGUUGGGCGAUAUUUUGAGCGACACACAAGCUUGGGAAAACGCACAAUCGACCGAGGAGAGAUGUCCAAAGUGCUCACACGAGCGUGCCUAUUUUAUGCAGCUACAGACUCGUAGCGCCGACGAACCGAUGACAAUUUUCUACCGUUGCGCGAAUCAUCAAUGCAAACAUCGAUGGAAAGAA